UUUUCAUCGAAAACUGCAGUCAUGUCCAAGCCCAACGGCCCCGCAGCUGAGCUACCCCUCAACCGUGCAGACGAAGUCAAAGACGUAAGUGUUGCUCGUGCUCGGGAACACCUUCCGAGCCUUCCGACAAUAUCUGCAGUAGCACCACCACCACCAAACGUCCCACACAGCCGAUAUAUUUACAUCACAUCUGAUUUCUUGGCAGUUGCUGGACGCGAUCCAGGAUCUGAUCGUGCCGUUCAUUGCCUCCGCGGAUCAGGAUGCAGCAACGAAGCACACCGGUCAUGGCCUGCAAGUCAAAGGUGGAGGGCCCCGUACUACCCUCGUCGAGCACCAUCCGCCGAAGAAACUUGAAAACCUGCUGGGGGAUGAUUUGAGUGUUGGGGAAGAAGGGGGAGGGAAGGAGGGUCUGGUGCAGCUUGUGGAGAUGAUAUUCAAGUACAGUGUCAACACGUGGGAUCAGGGAUUCAUGGACAAGUUGUAUGCGAGUACGAACGCGGUUGGACUGGUCAGCGAGCUCGUCCUCGCGACGCUAAACACAAAUGUGCAUGUGUAUCAGGUCUCCCCUGUACUGACUCUCGUCGAAAAACACACCACCAAGUACCUCGCAAACCUCUUCAACUUCCCGCCCACGCACUCGGGCGGUAUCUCGCAACCCGGCGGCUCAGCAUCAAACAGCACCGCCAUAGUCAUCGCGCGAAACACGCUCUACCCAGAGACAAAAACCGACGGCAAUGGCUCUUACAAAUUCACCCUCUUCACAUCCGCCCACGGACACUACUCCGUCGAAAAAGCAGCCAACCUCUUCGGCCUCGGGAGCAAAAACGUCAUCUCCGUCCCCGUCAACCCCGCCGGCCAAAUGAUACCCUCGGAGCUCGACAGACUCAUAACAGAAAGCAAAUCCCGCGGCGAAACCCCCUUCUUCGUAAACGCCACAGCAGGCACCACAGUCCACGGAUCCUUCGACCCCUUCGCCGCACUAUCCCCCAUCUGCAAAGCACACAACCUCUGGCUGCACAUCGACGGCUCGUGGGGCGGCCCCGUAGUCUUCAACACCACAUACCGCUCCACGCGCCUCGCCGGCGCAGACCUAGCAGACAGCAUCGCCAUCACGCCCCACAAAAUGCUCGACGUACCAAUGACUUGCUCCUUCCUACUCGGCCGCGACAUGCGCUCUUUCCACAGCGCCCUCACACUCCCCGCUGGCUACCUUUUCCACAACAACAACGACGCCGCCGUCCCCACAUCCGUAACCGACAUCUACGACCUCGCAGACCUAACACCCCAAUGUGGCCGCCGCGCCGACUCGCUAAAACUCUUCCUCAGCCUGAAAUACCACGGCGCGCAAUACUUCUCCGCCCUCAUCGCCGCCGGGUACGAGAGUGCAGCGUACCUCCUCGCGGCGCUUAAGCGCAGUGGGGAUUUCGUCACCGUUAGCCCGGAGCCGCUGCCGUGUUGGCAGGUGUGUUUUUACUACGCUAAAGGAGGGGUGUUGGGUGAGGAUGUAGAGGCGAAUGGGAGGGUGACGGCGGAUAUUGCGACGAGGCUUGUUAGUAGGGGGUUUAUGGUUGAUUUUGCGCCGGGGGAGAGGGGUAAGUUUUUUAGGGUUGUGGUUAAUGGGGGUACGAGGAGGGGUACGCUGGAUGGGUUGGUGAGGGCGCUUGAGGAGACGGCGGGGGAGGUGGUGGGUUAGAUUAGUUAGAAUGGGUAGAUUUGAUGGGGUGUCUAGACGGAUAUAUAUUGAAGAUGACUUGGGAAGUGCGAGCCAUGGUGGUGGCGAUAGACGCUAUAUCAGACACAUCACCCUCUAGUAGCGCUAGUUCUACCUCCAAUCCAGUGUUAUAUUCUUUC